UAGCUCGCGCGACGUGAUGCGCGAGAUCGUGACACGAGGGCUUCGCGUCACGUCACGUCACGCGCGCGCGGACGGGCUGGAGCGCAGAGCGGGCGCGAGGAGGAGCGCCGGCGCGCCGCAGUGCCAUGUAAAAACCCAGCCGCGCGUGCAUGGGGCAGGGGGUGGGGGUAAAAAAAGAGAGAGAGAGAGAGAGAGAGAGAGAGAGAGAGAGAGAGAGAGAGAGAGACCCUGGCGCGUGACCACGCGACUACUUGCACGCGGCACGCGGGACAAGGCCUGUCAAUCACUCAAUGAUAUGAGGGGGUCAAGCGUGACAGAUGGGUGUGGCUUGCAAUGAGUGUGACAGUGCAUGAUUGUUUCCAUGGAGACAGAUGGCAGCUUUUCUGAGAGCCCCAAACUCACACUUCUACAGUCUAAUGACGGUGUGGGUUCGGGGCUUGUUGAGCCCGAGGAGGAGUGGCUCGGCUUCCGGGCCACAGUGAGUGCUGUGCUGUUUCUGGAGUUUCUGCUCGGUGUGGGCGGGAACCUGACAGUGUUGGUGUUGUACUGUGGCCACUGCAACCUUCUCGAGUCGGUCAGCCAUGCUGUAACUCUCAGCCUGCACACGCUUGACCUGCUGCUCUGUCUGCUCUGCCUGCCCAUCACUGCGAUUCUCCUCCUUCUGGGUGGAACCUCCAGCCCUCAUCACGUCCUGCUCUGCUGUCUCCAUGAAUCAGCAGCCACAUUUGCCAGUGUAGGAACUGCACUGAACCUUCUGCUCAUUAGCCUCGAUCGCUAUGAUAUCAGUGUCCGUCCUGCCAAUCGUCUGCUCACCCCAAGGAGAGCGGCGUUUUUGCUAGCUGGAGUGUGGGUAGUAUCUUUAACCUUGCCAGUCUUGCCAUUUGUGGAGGCAGGGCUUGGUUCUGAGACAACUGAUGGAGCACCUGUUUACUCAAAUAGCACUUUGUUGUGUUCCCAACUGGUAGGGACCCUGCAAGCUCAUCUUUUUUUGCAGGCUCCUAUCUUUUUGUGCUCACUAGCUGUAAUGCUGUAUACUUACUCACGCAUCCUGAGGGCCUUGCGCAUUCGCAUCGGACAUCCAGCACGAGUGCAAAAAGGCACCACACAACUUGUCCAGCGCCCCUGGCAGUGUCGCAAUAGGUCUGCAAGGUCACCAGAUCACAUAGCAAAGACUGUAUCUGCCUCUCCUCCUCCUCUUUCCACUGGACCUCUUGUGGCCUCAGACACCAUAACCACAGUGACUAUGAACACAGAGACCAACACUCCAUCAGUGAACACUCCACUGAGUCCAACCCCAACCACAUCCACUGCAACCACACCGUUUUCACUGACCUCAAAUGUAGGCUUAUCAUCCGGAGCAAUACCGUUGAAUCCUAUUUCAACUCUAUCCACCUUAACCACAACUCUAAACCAGAAUCCAAAUGCUUCCACCUUCGACACCCAUCUAUACCCUAACAUAUCCACAAUAACCACUCAUCAAAAACAUACCUCAAACACAUCCAGCAUAAUCACCCACCUAAACCCUAACCCCAAUACAUCCACCAUAUCCUUUCCUCUAAACCAUAACUUAGCAGAAUCGACCACAACCACCUACCAAAACUCUAACCCCAUACAUCCCCAUAACCACCCAUAUAAACUGCAACCCCACAAUAUCCAGUAUAUCUUUCUCUUUGAACCCUAUGCCGACUAUAUCCACCAUAUUUGUGUCUCCAAAUUCCAGUCCAUCUACUUCCACCUCAACUAUCAUUUUAAGCCAUGUCCCAGUGGUAUCCACUAUAACACUACCUCCAAACUCCAGUUCCUUAAAAUCCACCAUACCCUUACCUCCAAACUCCAGCCCCUCUAUAUCCACCAUUACCCUACCUCCAAACCCCAGCCCCUCCACAUUCACCAACCCCCUACCUACAAACCCAGGUCCCUCCACCAUAACCACACCUCUUAAACACACUGCCUCAUCAA